AUGUCGUCCUGUGCGUGUCCUAUGACGAGCCCCGUCGGGGCAACACUGGCGGCACUGUGCGGCGGUACGCAGUACAUGCUGUUUAUGGGGCUGCUGGAGGUGUUUAUAAGGUCACAGUGUGAUCUGGAGGAUCCUUGUGGACGUACCAAGGCCAAGUCAUCCCGCAAUGUAGACUACGAGUACGACUUUAUUGUUGUUGGUGGUGGAUCGGGCGGUUCGGUGAUUGCGUCACGGCUAUCGGAGAUCAAGAACUGGAAGGUACUACUCAUCGAAGCAGGACCGGACGAACCGACCGGAGCGCAGAUUCCGUCCAUGUUCCUGAACUAUCUGGGCAGCGAUAUCGACUGGAAGUACAACACGGAACCGGAGCAGUAUGCAUGUCUGGGAUCACCCGAGCAGCGUUGCUACUGGCCACGGGGCAAAGUGCUCGGCGGUACCUCCGUGCUGAACGGCAUGAUGUACAUACGCGGUAACCCACAAGACUACGACGACUGGGAAGCGAUGGGCAAUCCUGGCUGGAAGUGGAAGGAUGUUUUGCCGUACUUUAUGAAGUCGGAGGACAAUCUGCAGAUCAACGAAGUGGACUCGAAGUACCAUUCCACGGGCGGUAUGCUUCCGGUUGGCCGUUUCCCAUACAAUCCACCAUUCUCGUACUCCGUACUGAAGGGUGGCGAACAGCUUGGCUACCAGGUACAGGAUCUUAACGGAGCCAACACGACCGGUUUCAUGAUUGCACAGAUGACCAACAAGAAUGGUAUUCGGUUUAGUGCUGCACGUGCCUUCCUGCGUCCGGCAGUGAAUCGGGCCAAUCUGCAUAUCCUUCUGAACACCACCGUCACCAAGGUGUUGGUCCAUCCGACGUCUAAAACGGCGCACGGUGUUGAGAUUGUAGAUGAAGAUGGGCACAUGCGGAAGAUUCUCGUCAAGAAGGAAGUGAUCGUUAGUGGUGGAGCUGUCAACUCGCCCCAGAUCUUGCUGCUGAGCGGUAUUGGACCGAGGGAACAUCUCGAGAAAGUUGGAGUACGCCCUAUUCACGAUCUGCCGGGUGUUGGUAAGAACCUGCACAACCAUGUCGCUUACUUCAUCAACUUCUUCCUGAACGAUACCAACACGGCACCACUCAACUGGGCAACGGCCAUGGAGUACUUGCUGUUCCGCGAUGGUUUAAUGUCUGGCACGGGUGUGUCAGCGGUUACGGCCAAGAUUAGCUCCAAGUACGCCGAGCGACCGGAUGAUCCUGAUCUCCAGUUCUACUUCGGUGGCUUCCUGGCCGAUUGUGCCAAGACGGGACAGGUGGGUGAGCUGCUCAGUAACGAUUCCCGCUCGGUGCAAAUCUUCCCAGCUGUACUGCAUCCGAAGAGCCGUGGAUACAUCGAGCUGAAAUCGAACGACCCACUAGAGCAUCCCAAGAUCGUGGUGAACUAUCUGAAGGAAGAUCACGACGUGAAGGUGCUGGUGGAGGGUAUCAAGUUUGCCGUUCGUCUGUCGGAAACGGAUGCUCUACAAGCGUACGGUAUGGAUCUGGACCGAACACCCGUCAAAGCGUGCCAGGACAAGGACUUUGGGUCGCAGGAAUACUGGGAGUGUGCAGUACGACAAAACACUGGUGCCGAGAACCAUCAGGCAGGUUCGUGCAAGAUGGGUCCCACAAGCGAUCCGGACGCCGUUGUCGAUCACGAGCUGCGGGUGCACGGCGUGAGGAAUCUGCGGGUCGUCGAUGCGUCCGUCAUGCCGAAGGUCACGUCGGGCAACACGAACGCACCGAUCAUCAUGAUCGCCGAGAAGGGUGCCCAUCUGAUUCGCCGAGCGUGGGGUGCUCGCUAGUGGAACUGACGGACAGCUUUUCUCCUAGCAUUUACGGAAUGGGAUAGAUUCAUUUACCACGUAAGGUACUUGUUUUAGGCACACUUGUUCGU